AUGGAACCCUGGCGGUUUCCACCUCCGAGUAUGUUCGGUUCUCCAUCGCCAGCUUUCAUUCGUUAUUCGCCUCGCCCUCUGCUGCCGAUGUAUUCUCGUGCGAACCCCAGACUCCUCCCUCCGAAUUUCUUCCACCACCCUCCGCCCUGGACUCGCCCUCCACCCCCCGCGCCCGAGGACGCCUCGUCGAUCGUGGCGCGGUGGGAAGCCGAGGUCUCUCCCUCCGUCACCGAACGCCGCAAGGCACUGGAGGCGAAGAAACGGAUAACGGUUAUCGAAUUUAAAAAGAAAUUGAAACGAUGGAAAGAACUAUUGGAUGCAUCCGGCACUUUGGAUUCACAGACUAUUGUUCAGUGUCUCGACUUAGAUUCCACGCUUGCGCUCAUAGAUCCGGAUUCUGUUCACGAUCACAUUAUUACCCUCAUCCAAUUGUCGGGUGAGCUUUAUCUGUCACCAACGACGUACUUCGUUGUGUGUUGCUUGAGUCACGUCGCAGUGGAUCAGGAAGAACUUGACUGCCUCCAGCGGGAGUGCACAGAUCCUGAGAUUCUGGAAUUCAUCAAGCGUAAAAUCGCUCGUGGUAGACGAAGGCGACAAAACCACAAUACCCUUCCCAUUGUUCUUCCAACACCUGUGUCCGAGACAUUGUCGCAUAUCGCUCCCGCUGAUGUACCUCCUUCUUCCUCACAAACCGUUGACAAGAGCCUUACUCCACCAGGGAAGACCGUUGAGGACGAUACUAUACCAAGGCAAAAGUACCUCGACGAGCUAAAAAAGGCCUCCGCAUACUGUCAAAGCAGACUGGGGCUGCUGAAAAAACUCAAAAUUCUACGCGAGGCUCGAGUCAACCAGUUCAGAAAUCAAGGCAAACUUCUUCCGGUAGAACUGGACAUGGCGUUUGAAAAAAAGAGGUCCUCCAUCCAGGCUGACGUGGAGUCGAUGCUGCAAGCCAUUCGAAAGCUUGAGGAGCGAUUUAAGGCACUGUCCCAUUGGGACACCUACCUCCUGCCUCGAGGCGCGAUGGAGGGCCACGAGCCGGGCGACCCCAGUCGACACCCUGCUUCUCGUCUGCCCAUCACGUGGGAACUGCCUCCGUGUCGUGCUGAUUCCUCCAGCUGA